AUGGCAAUGGACGCGGCUGUGGCCGAGAAGAGCGGCGGCGGCGCCGGAGCCGCCACGGCCGCGGCCGCGCAGGCGGGGAACGGCGGCGAGAGGCGGUCCCGGUUCCAGCGAAUCUGCGUGUACUGCGGCAGCGCCAAGGGCCGGAAGCCCAGCUACCAGGACGCCGCCGUCGAGCUCGGCAAGGAGCUGGUGGAGAGGGGCAUAGACCUGGUCUACGGGGGCGGAUCCAUCGGCCUCAUGGGGCUGGUCUCUCAUGCAGUUCAUGAUGGGGGGCGCCAUGUGAUUGGGGUCAUCCCAAGAUCCUUGAUGCCCAGAGAGGUAACUGGUGAACCUGUUGGGGAAGUAAGGGCGGUCUCCGGUAUGCACGAGAGGAAAGCUGAGAUGGCUCGAUUUGCUGAUGCUUUCAUAGCAUUACCUGGUGGCUACGGCACUCUGGAGGAGUUGCUUGAGGUCAUCACCUGGGCACAACUAGGAAUCCAUAAGAAGCCGGUCGGACUUCUGAACGUGGACGGGUUCUACGACCCGCUGCUAUCCUUCAUCGACAUGGCCGUGAACGAAGGGUUUAUAAAGGAGGACGCGCGGCGCAUCAUCAUCUCGGCUCCUACCGCGAAGGAGCUUGUUCUCAAGCUUGAGGAGUAUGUUCCCGAGUACGAGGUCGGUUUGGUGUGGGAGGAUCAAAUGCCGGCGGCGGCGCACGGCUUCGCCCCGGAGCUGGAGCCCGGGAUCGCCUCCUCCUGAUCCGGCACCUAACCAGAUUCUGACCGACAGCCGGGGUCCCCCAAGCAAGUAGUAGCAUCUCUAACAAAGAAGAAGGCGACGUUCUUAGCUUAGUCCUCGCUCUUUUGCCGCCUGUCAAUUGUUCUCUUUUGGGACAGAUAGCGGUGUUAAUCCUUAUUAGCAUCUUUAGUAGCUGCAGUGCAGUAGUGCCUUAGUCCUCUCCCUGUCAUGUGUCUUGGCUGCCCCCCCCCCCCCCCCCCCCCCCCCCGCUUUUGCUCCUAGAAGUAGGAAGGAACGCGUGUAAAUUCCUCCCGGUUUGUGGCGAUUCCGAUUGCUCGCACGUGUGACGGAUGGAUGGAUGGAUGGGAACAUGGAUCAAUGGAUGUAUUUUGUCCGGAACUCGUGCAGAUGAAUGAUGAUUCUUUUCGUGCUCA